ACAACCUAACAAUUAAGAAACACAUGUUCGAUUAAAUAAGCCUCGCGUCACAAACAAGCCAUUCCAUAUUUUUGUAGACCAAAUUCGACACUCACUUUGAUUUCCAAACUAACACUCCUCACUUGGUUAUGGCGAAAAAAAACACAACUUCGCCACCUGCUGGAGAAUACAGAUUUCGCGCUCAGUUAUCCCUCUAGCAUCGCCUCUUCCUCAUAUACUAUCGUUCUUCAUUUUCAGCGGUCAUUAAUUUCUGUGCUUCUUCUAGCUAACCUUCUGAGAUCAUGCAUCGACUUCAGCACUUGGCAAAUAGAUCAUUGAUUGCACGUGUUUUUAACCAGUCUCCAGCCCUUGUGCGGACAAAGGCUCGGGAAACCUCAUGUUUAGUGCAGUCCAUACGACUCAAAACACAAGGACCCGUUGAACAGUAUGGACAGAAGAGAUUCAGUACAGCGGAGGCAACCGUGGUUUUAAGAGAGAAUGGCAAGAUGCGAGAAAAGAGUCUGACCAUGGACACCCUCAAUCCGCAAGUGAAAGCGGUGGAGUACGCUGUGAGAGGACCCAUUGUCACGAAGGCUGGUGACAUCGAGAGAGGCUUGCAACAGGGUCAGAAACACCCCUUCACUGAGGUCAUCAAAGCCAACAUUGGAGAUUCACAUGCCAUGGGGCAGAAGCCAAUCACCUUUCUCCGUCAGGUGGUGGCUCUCUGCUCAUUCCCAGAGCUGUUGGACAGCUCUAUUUUCCCGGAUGAUGCCAAACAACGUGCCCGUCGCAUUCUACAGGGCUGUGGGGGACAGAGCUUGGGGUCAUACAGUGCCAGCCAGGGAGUGGACUGUAUUCGGCAGGACAUUGCUGUCUACAUCGAGCAACGGGAUAAGGGUGUGCCUGCCGACUGGGACAAUAUUUACCUCACCACCGGAGCUAGUGAUGGCAUCGUGAGCAUCUUGAAGAUGCUGGUGUCGGGCCAGGGCCGGUCCAGGAGUGGUGUGAUGAUCCCCAUCCCUCAGUACCCCCUAUACUCUGCAGCCAUCUCUGAGAUGGAGGCCGUUCAGAUCAACUACUACCUGGACGAGGACAACUGCUGGGCCCUGGAUAUCAACGAGCUCCACAGAGCCUACCAGGCUGCCAAGGAGCACUGUCACCCCAGAGUCAUCUGCAUUAUCAAUCCAGGCAACCCUACCGGUCAAGUGCAGAGUAAGAAGUGCAUCGAGGAAGUCCUCCACUUUGCCUACGAGGAGAAUCUGUUUGUUAUGUCCGAUGAGGUGUAUCAGGACAACGUGUACUCCCCAGACUGUCAGUUCCACUCCUUUAAGAAGGUGCUCUAUGAGAUGGGCCCUGAGUACUUCAACACUGUCGAGCUGGCCUCAUUUCACUCCACCUCCAAAGGCUACUCAGGAGAGUGUGGGUUUAGAGGAGGCUAUAUGGAGGUUCUCAACCUCGACCUGGAGGUCAAGGCCCAGCUGGUGAAGCUGCUUUCUGUUCGACUGUGUCCCCCUGUCUCUGGACAGGCUGCCAUGGAUGUCAUCGUCAACCCUCCUCUGCCACACGAACCCUCCUAUCUCCAGUUCCACAAGGAGAAGAGUGCUGUGCUUGGAGCUCUGGCUGAGAAGGCCCAGAUGACUGAGCAGAUCCUCAACACGGUGCCUGGGAUCAAAUGUAACCCUGUGCAGGGAGCCAUGUACGCCUUCCCACGCAUCUUCAUCCCCCCACGAGCUGUGGAGGAAGCCAUGUCCCUGGGAAUAUCUCCUGACAUGAUGUACUGUCUGAGACUGCUUGAGGAGACUGGCAUCUGCCUCGUUCCAGGCAGUGGCUUCGGCCAGAGGGAAGGGACGUAUCACUUCAGAAUGACCAUUCUGCCCACGACAGAGAAGCUGAAGGUGCUCCUGGAGAAGCUCCGGGAUUUCCACAUCAAGUUUCUGAAGGAGUACGCGUCAUUGGAGGAACCCAAGAGAUGAGAGCACAGAGGAUGACACACCGGACGCACUGAAACAGUUCAGAUAGUCCCAGUUUGAGAAUGUUUAACACACAAACAAAAACAGCAUUUACAGCGGUGUCGACUAACAAUGUAAAGUAAAAAAGUAACCCCUUUUUACUCUACUAGUGUAACCUAUGAUUGCUUGAAGUUUUAUCUGAUUUUAGGAACAGUACUUGUUUGAGAGACAUUUGUGCCUUUGUCAGACGAGGUAAAAGUGUGGGGAGAAACUAUGCCGUCUGUACAGAGAUGUUAAAGGGGCAAUCUGCAGUUGCUACAUACAUUUUAGGACUUGUCAAUUAAAUUGCAGUUCAAUGUACAAAUUGAUUCUUGAAGAAUACAACUUAUAAAUGCCUCAUAAGCUGUCGUACCCCAUCAGAACACAAAUAUAAGCUUUGUAAAUGUAAACAACCUAUAUAGCCUUAACAUGGUUAAAACUGUAAUAUUGAUUUCAUGGAUGAUCAGUCCUUGCAUCCAUUGCUCUGGCUAUGAAUUUGGUUACAAUUCUCCAGUCCCAUCCCUCAGAUUUUUAUUGAAACUGGCAGUGAGGACGUUUUAUUGUAACUACUGCUGAUUGCCCCUUUAACACUAAAGCAAUGUACAUUGUGAUGUACGCAAAGGUGCUCCAUUAUAGAGGAUGCACUGGGGAAUUAUUUUCUAACACUCCAUUUUGUUGUUUUUGUGCCCGGGAAGUUAUUUACACUGUUUUGUAUUUUCUACCUGUCUUGAGGCUUUUCUGUCUCCUUAGAGGCAUUUUGUGUUAGUGCUCUACACUGUGGGGCACCGUAAGUGCAAAUAUUAUCUUAGAACCAGCUGUACAUUUCCAUGUGCCAAAUGGAACUGGGGAACAGAGGUUGUUUCUGUAGGUCAUGGACUCCGGACAAUGAGUACUGCUACAUCAGCUCUUUCUGGUCUGAAAAACAGCAGGGAGGGGAUACUCCUCACCAUUUAUAACAACAUCCUGUCUCUCCAAGUCAUAAAGCUUUGAGCCUGCAUAGCUCCCUGUUGGGCACAUGUUUACCCAUAUAGUACCUGUCUAGCAUGACACUGAUCUGAGGUGUCAGAUGCACUUGGAGAGUUUUUUUUUCAAGGGGUGUGUGUGUGUGUGUGUCCCGUACUCUCUGCCUAGUUGCAGUAUAAUGUGCUUGUUAUGGAAAGAAAUGCAGUUGUUUGUGUGCUACUUUGAAAUGAGCUUAAAGGUCAAACCAAGGGAAAUGUAGGUUCUGAUAAUACUGUAUAUCGACAUGUGCCCUUAUUAGGCUAUUUAUUGCAUAGAUAGUUUACAUUUUUACUGACAGUGGCUUUAUGUCUUUCAUUCACAUUUAUAUCACACCCGAGAACGAGAAAGGGAGUACGGUGACAUCUCAGACGAUGGAGAUGGUGGGUUGAAUGCACUUCAGUGUUUUUGUUUGUAAAAUGUUUUUGGGAUCCUUCCGCCUGUGUCUCUUUCUGCACACUGCAAGCGGGAGGAAAUGUCAUUGUAAAGUGAAACACAGCAUUUACACAGAAACACUUUACAAUUUCCCUUUUUAGGUUGGAGAUGAGCAUAGUGACCCACACAAGGCAGUCUUAAAGCUUCAGUCCAGUGAAUUCAGCCAGCCGAUGAACUGUGGUUCUCUGAUACCGUAUCAUCUCAUCUCUAUUUUUGUAUGCAGUUUAAUGCUGAAUGAAGUGUUGAAGCAUUAAUGUAACCUCGGGAGCCAUUCAAUGUAUGAAACUCUUGACUGACCUCAACAUGAAUUGUUUUUAACCAUUUGACGGCAAUGGGGUGCCUUCAAUGGCAAUGAGCUGUAAUUUACAUUGAGUGACUUUUGAGAAUGUCAACAAAUUUAAUAUUUUUUUAUUAAUACUAUGACAUUUUUUAAAAUGUGCAUUUUCUGCUAAAUGUUUUCAUUUGUGUGCCUGCUUUCUUUUCAACAUUCUUUCUUCAUGAGCUGAAAGUUUACUGGAAGAAGUUUUGGGUUCAACAUCGAUGUGCUUAUAAAUAUCAAGUUUCUAACUGAAAUAAGACUUAACCCUAGUUUUAUCUUGUCAUGUUUAUGUUUUGGAUAUUAAUAAAUAAAUAAAAAAUUCAGAUUUGGAUUUCUUAUUUUGUUAUUUCUGUUGUGUUUUGUACAAUAAAUACUUUUGAGAUCC